AUGCAAAAAGAGACAUCACCUGAUUCCAGUGGCCCUGAAAAGGUCAAUUUAAAAUCUCAUGGCAGAACAAACACUGAGGAGAGCAUACUUCAAGUAGAGUUUGAUAGCAACGCGGAAAAGUCCCGUUGUCCAGAAUGCGCAAAAAAGACUAAAAAUAGAGCCGUUUUAGUAGAAAAUUAUUGCCUUUGUAGUGGUAUGGCCCAACUUUCUAGCAGGAGCCCCCCAACUACUUCUUUGAGCUCGGUAAACGCUGCGAAUGUUUCGACCUCUUCUGCAAUAACUGAUCCCAAUGAAACAUAUGGGCUGCUGAUUUCUGCAGAAGAGUCUGAGACUCAGACAAAUUUAAUUGAAAAUAAAGAAAGCAAAUCGUUGACGAUGAGUCCUGUGAAAGAAAGAUCGAUUUCCAUCACCAACAGAGAUGCGGUGAUAGGUACCGUAACAUGUGGAAACGAAUUGAAUGAAGAUAAAAUCCCUAUGCAUAGCACUACUGAAGACGAAAAGGGAAAUAUCGAAUUACUUCAAUGUAAACCCCAGCUGCUUUCCUCCUUGAGGUCUUGCGAGGUAGAAUCCCAAAUUUCACGAAGAGGCGAUGAUGACGACAACGACGAUCUCAAAGAAAUCAGAAUAAAAAAGGAUGAAAAGUGUAAUCCUACAGUGGAUCUUAAUGGAAUGCCAAUAUCAGAUAUAGACGACGAGACUCCUCAGCGGGAACUGCUUUCUGCCAGUGAAGGGAGCCCCUCACCACAGGGUUUUAGGCCCUCUUCCUUAUUGCAGGAUCCUAAUAUUAUUCUCGCCGAGGGGGAAUGUGGAAGCAGGCCGAAUCGCAUCCAAUCCGCGAUGAAAACUGCACCUCCGCAGGUGCGGGCGAUCCCACGCGUGGGGAUUAGCGUGAAAACGGUGGCGCUGAAUUCGACCUCCGCAGGCGACAAUCCUUCACAAUCGUCCCUUACGCAAAGCAUUCGCCUAGCCUUGCCGGAUUUCGCCGCCCCCUCUCGGAUGAUAAAUUCCCUGCCGCAUACCGAAAGUAACCCUGAAGAGAAGAAAGAAGUGGAAAAGGUGAAUCUGCGGAUUCCCCUGCACGAAAGCAAAGUGAAAGCGGAAGGGACGAAGGCAAGUUUCCAUCUUCCUCCUCGUUUUUCUCCGUCAUCCUCGACGGUGGUCCGUUUUGCGGAUCCCGAAAGCGCCGCGCGUCCUCAAGGCGCAGCACCCCAACCGCCGAGCAGCCUAACCGAUGAUGCGAAUCCAACCCACCCUGUCGAUCCUAGCCCGCCAGUAAACCCACAGCAUGAACUCCAUCAACGCCUUGACGAGGUUGGAAACUCCCAGGCGGUCUAUCACGCGAGCCAUAAAGCCUAUUACUCUCCGGAGUGCGUGAUGAAUUCGAUACCAGGAGGGAUCGCCGAGCACCACACGUCCGAUAACCCCUCCGCGCGUUCGCCCCUUAAAGCGAUGUCGACCUCGUGCCCCCCUUUGCAGUAUUUUUUAACCCAAUCCGACGGCUUUGCGUGGGAGGAAAGGCUAAAAAAAUUACAAACCCAAAAAACCCAACGAAAGGAUCUCCUCCCGGUAGGAUUAAAUGCCGAUUUUCUGAUGGAAAUCUCAGGUGUGUGCGGGCGCGCGAUUGCGCUACCGAGCGACGCCGUCGCGCAUCCCAAUCGCGAGGGGGCCGCUCGAGAAGCGGAGUGUACGGUCGUGGAAAAGCCUUCCAGAGCGCCCGACGAAGCGGAAAAUAAAAGCGAAAAUCCCCCAAAAGACGAACACGACGGCGAAGAGGCGAUGGCUCGGGAAAAAUGGCGCUCGGGGCGGCGUCUGUCGUCGGUGAUGCGCGCGCUGUCCUUCCAGCCGCGGGAUUACACCCAGCAGGGGUGGUUAAUCGCGGACCUUCCCGCGGAUGCCGGGCCGCGGCCUGUGAAACCCACCAGCCCCUGGGGUGAGGCCAAAAAGACCGGGACUUCGAGCGCGCCAACCACGAGGCCGGCCAACGAGGCCGCACGGAAGGAAGGGGAGGCGAAGACGGGGAAGGGGUGCAUGCUCCAACUCUUAUACCCCACCCGCUCGGUCUCCCCGCCGCCAUCCUUGUCGGUGGCCCCAUCAAAAAAGGGCAGGAUGGGGGGAAGCCGUCUGCUGAGCUUCGCGAAUCAGGAGGCGAACGAUAUCGCGAACCUCAGCCAGACAAAUGUUAAAAAUGUGGUGGAAUUGUCCUCCUUUACGGUCGAGUCGGUGGAAGGGAAUGCGAAUCCGGAGUGGGAAGCACGCCAGCUUGACGAGCUCGCCCUGACCAGUAUGAGCGUGGACGCGAUCGCUCACUGGGCAUCCAUCCGUUCGCAGGAGGACCGGAAGGAAUGCCUAAACGAGGUGUUAAAGUCGCUUGAUUAG